ACUCAUUUGCUACGCGUUCGUCUAGCACGUGCGACCACUGUUCUUUCGCGCAGUGACCGUUGUGCGCGCGGCGUCUUUAGCUUCUCCACUUUCGUUCGGCACGCACACUCCAUCGGGUUCCGUCUACACGUCCGCUAACGAGAAUCCUUUAAUAUCAAGUCGAUCGCCAUGGCAGAGGAGUAUCUCUACGGAAUCACUCUCGAAGGACCCAAUUGCAGCGAGGUAUGGGAUCCGGAGCACAAGAAUGAUGACGCAGACGGCACGAACCAACAUUUCGGAGCCGAUCAGAAGCUUAUUAUAAAAAUGGCACUUUUAGGUCCAGAGGCUAAACCUGGGGAGCUUAACGUACUACAGGUAGAAGCAAUGGGGUUAAAGGGACCAAUUAAAACACCAAUCGCUCUGCUGGAAAUGGGAAAGACAGCACAGAUUAUUCUGGAUCUCAGUUUUCCCGACCCUCCUGUUACGUUCACUUUGGUUAAAGGCAGUGGUCCUGUUCACAUAGUAGGGCACAAUCUUCUUGGGACACACAUGGAAGAGUUCGACGAUAUGGACGAUGAAAUGGAAGAAGAGAACAUCGACGACGAUGACGAUGAUAAGGAACCAGACGUCGAGGAAGAUGAUGAAGAUGAACCCAAGAAGAAGAAUGCCAAAUUAACAACUGCAGCCAAAUACAAAAAUCAAGCUAAUAAGAACAAGAAAAAAUAAGCACGAGCCUUAAUACUAUGGAAACACAAAAAACUUUUAAGUUAGGCUAAUAAGCGUAAGUCCAUCAUUAUCAUCCGCAUUUGCGCGAAUUUAGUAUCGUUUCAUCAGAUUAUCAGACGACAUAUGUUGCCUUUCACGUUUUUACGACACAACUGGACCAAUGAACCACUAUAGGAUGUUAAGCUUGUAUAGUUUGAAUGAAAUAUCGUUUUAUUGAUUCGUGGACAAUACGUUACAAUCGAUUGACAUAAUAUUAUAUUUAACAUAAAAGAUAAGCAAUACUUUGAGUUGACUUUAAAUGUAUUAACAAGGUCUGUUUAUGUGUACAUUUUUCGAAAUGCCUUAGAGGAAUGACCCUUAAAUCGUAUUAGCUAAACUCUACGGGAUAUUAAGAAUGUGAAUCGAAAAUUAUUUUUUUGACAAAAUUUUAUGGAGCUGAAAGGUCAGAGGGUAUUCUUCCGAGAGCUGUUCGUACAGAAGAAUUUGUUUUAUUUUACGCGAACACAGUUUUUAAAUGCGAAGAAUUGUUCGGACCAGUUGUUGUCGGUAAAACCAGCGGAAAGUGCGGACGGAUCUACAAUGAGGUGUAUUCGUAUUAUUUCCUUUUUGUCUUCUCCGAUGCCGUGGUUCACACAUCGACACUUCCAGUGAUAUACGAAGGUACACUAUUCUAACGUAGUUAUGUAAACACGAUUCAAGAAACGAAUUACUAUGCUCCUUAAAGAAAAUAAUUGCGAAGAUAACGUUCCAGUGUAAUUUAUUAUUUUCGUGUGUACAAGAUGGGGAAAAGGGUAAUAGUCACGGAAACCCUUAUACCAGAAUGUUAUUAAUGACUAAAGACGGGAGGAAAUGAUAAGAUCAGAAUAAAAUAAAAAAAAAAAAACAUUUACGCGUCAUCUCGAUAUUCAUUCCAUUUGAUGAAAGAUUACAGAAGACGGGGUUGCAGGUGUACUACACAAUAUGAUGCUCGUACAUCAAUGUUAUAUGCAAUGAAAGCAUAUGUAAAGCGUGUAUAAAACGCGCUCAUGCGAUUGAUAAGUAGUCUGUACACCUAUUUUGUACAUAUACGAUACAAUAAAAAAUUUCACAACUUUUAAUCAGUA